AUGACUGAUGGCCAGACAAUAGCGUACAUCUCUGAUAUCGGCGCCCAGAACCUCAAGCCCAUGUUCAUCGCCAUGUCCGCCGUUACCGUCGUUACCUUCGAUAUGGCCUUCAUCUUAGAGCGCUACCUCCGCCACGCGGGCAAGCUUGCACGGAACACAUCGGCUUGGCAGAAGGUCUACUCUGGGCUGAGUACAAUUGCUGCAAUCGUCGGCGCGGUCGGCCUCAUCCUACUCACCAUCUACGACAACUACCACCAUAACAGGAUGCACAACAUCUGUCUAGCAGUCUUUAUUAUUGGCUACAUCGUCAGCGCCAUCUUUAUCUGCUGGGAGUAUCAACGCCUGGGAAUCCACUACCGCCAGCACUCGAUCCUCCGCAUCUCGUUCUGGAUCAAGCUCGCCUUUAUCAUCGCCGAGAUCUGCCUCUGUGUCGUGUUCGGUGUUACACAGUUGUACAACCACUGGAACGUCGCCGCUGUUUUCGAAUGGAUCAUUGCGUUCGUCUACACCUGGUAUGUACUCAGCUUCUUCAUCGACUUCCUGCCUGCCGUACGCACCAAGCACCACCAGAGCCACGAAACGGAAAUGCAGAUGGCCGAGGAGGCUGGCCCCCGGCCAAGGACGAUGGGCGAUGGUGCCGCAGAGAGCCAGCAGUACUUUCGUGGGCAGUCGACCAACGCCGUUCCCCACGUGAACGGCAACCAAGGCCACACCAAUGGUCAUGCCGCUGGCGAGCCUGGCCAGAAUUUUUACCCUAAUGCCAACGGCUACAACAACCAGUAUCCUAAGCCGGAGGCGCCUCUCCCCUCGCGGAACUUUUAG